AUGGACGGCCUUCGGGGGAUGAUAUUCGCCGCCCAGAACCGACUGCAUUACCUGCUCAACCGACAGAGCCACAAUGUCACCAGUACGGCCGAUCGCUAUCGCCUCCGCCGCGGCCGUCAUCCACCGCCUGGUUUUGACCAGUGGUUCGAGUUUGCGCAAGCUAGGAAUGCUGUCGUUGUGGAGGAGUUCUUCGACCAAAUCUACAGCGAUUUGAGUCCAUACUGGGGAGUCGAACCGGCCGACUUGCGUCGCCAGGCGAGUGGCUUUGCACAGCGUAUCACGGUGCGGGACCAUGUUUCCAGAGCUAUCGUAGACCUUGAAAAUAGCGACCGACUAGCUGCAUGGCAUAACCUGAUUUCCACCAUUCAGGAGUAUCUCCCGGACAUGGAUAUCCCAGUGAAUACUAUGGAUCAGCCUCGGAUUGUCAUGCCAUGGGAAGCCAAGUCACAUUACGUGCUCAAAGACUAUUCCUGCCAGCGAGUCUGGAGCCCCGGGGAUGUGGUUUCGGAGUACAUGCCGUUGCCCAAUCCAGGCAUAGUGCAGCCCCGACCGUAUCAGCCUCCGGUCAUUGACAUAGCGCCUUCGAGCUUCUGGGACGUGGUGCGGGAUGGGUGCCCAUCCGACACUUCACCGCGGAGCACCUCUCUUCCCCAGAUUGACUUCUCCAGUCCUCCCCCAGAACUCGACAAUUACCGUCACAUGCUACAAGAUGGCUAUGUCAGUAACUGGCCUCAGUCCAAAGACCCAUGCGCCCGACCGGAGCUACAGGUUCUGCAUGGUACAUUUAUCGAGCCUACCGCCGUCUCUGUCGCCCACGAACUGUUUCCCGUAUUUGGUGACUCAAAACUAUCCGUGAACAAUGACAUUUUACUUCCUUCGGCCAAUGACUGGACGAGCGAAGAUGAUUCCCGUUCUGAAGAUAGAAACAAUGAAGAUUGGAUUCUGUAG